ACAACUUAAGAAACAUUACACACUCUCUCUGGAUCUUGCAGAUCUGAGUAUAGACUCAAUACUUGUUCCUCAUCUGCAACCGAAUUCCUCCUCUGGAGAUUCAAUCCGAUUCAACAUUUGCUGGAUUUGAUCUGGUACAGUGACUAGAAUAAAAUGGAGAAGUCCUGCUCGUUGCUGGUACAUUUUGAUAAGGGUACACCAGCUCUUGCCAAUGAGAUCAAAGAAGCACUUGAAGGAAAUGAUAUACCUGCCAAGAUUGAUGCUAUGAAGAAAGCAGUAAUGCUUUUAUUGAAUGGAGAAACCCUACCUCAGCUCUUUAUUACUAUUAUUAGAUAUGUCUUGCCUUCUGAAGAUCACACAAUUCAAAAACUGUUGCUUUUGUAUUUGGAGAUCAUUGAGAAGACAGAUUCUAAGGGGCGUGUGCUGCCUGAGAUGAUUCUAAUCUGCCAGAACUUGAGGAAUAAUUUGCAGCAUCCGAAUGAGUACCUUCGUGGAGCUACUCUGAGAUUUCUUUGCAGGCUGAAUGAGGUAGAUAUAAUUGAACCUCUAAUUCCAUCAAUUAUGAACAACUUGGAGCACCGACAUCCAUUUGUGAGGAGGAAUGCAAUUCUUGCUGUGAUGUCCGUUUACAAGCUCCCACAUGGUGAGCAGCUCCUGGUUGACGCACCAGAGAAGAUUGAGAAUGUCCUAACCAAUGAGCAGGAUCCAUCGGCUAAGAGGAAUGCGUUUCUGAUGCUCUUCCAAUGUGCUCAGGAGCGUGCCAUCAAUUACCUCUUGACUCAUGUUGAUAGAGUGUCCGAUUGGGGGGAGUUACUUCAGAUGGUUGUAUUGGAUUUGAUUCGAAAAGUUUGCAGGACAAACAAAGCGGAGAAAGGGAGGUAUAUCAAAAUUAUCAUAUCAUUGCUAACUGCCCCUUCUGCUGCUGUUACAUAUGAAUGUGCUGGAACUCUUGUUUCUUUAUCUUCUGCCCCAAGUGCUAUAAGAGCUGCAGCCAACACCUACUGUCAACUUCUUCAAUCUCAAAGUGACAACAAUGUUAAGCUUAUUGUGCUUGAUCGACUGAAUGAAUUGAAAUCUUCGCAUAAGGAUGUCAUGGUUGAUAUGAUAAUGGAUGUCCUUAGAGCACUUUCGAGCCCGAAUCUUGAUAUCCGUAGAAAAACACUGGACAUUGUUCUUGAAUUGAUCACUCCCAGGAAUAUCAAUGAGGUUGUUCUCACACUGAAGAAAGAAGUUGUGAAAACUCAAAGUGGUGAGCUUGAGAAAAAUGGUGAGUACCGCCAAAUGCUCAUCCAAGCCAUUCAUUCAUGUGCCAUAAAGUUUCCAGAAGUGGCAAGCACUGUGGUCCAUCUAUUGAUGGACUUCUUGAGCGACAGCAAUGUUGCUUCCGCAAUUGAUGUGGUCGUUUUUGUCCGGGAGAUUAUUGAAACAAACCCAAAAUUAAGGGUUUCCAUUGUGACAAGGCUAUUAGACACUUUCUACCAAAUUCGAGCAGCCCGUGUUUGUUCCUGUGCCCUUUGGAUUAUUGGAGAGCAUUGUCUAUCUCUCUCUGAAGUUGAGAGUGGCAUUGCAACUAUCAAGCAGUGCCUUGGAGACCUACCAUUUUACUCAGUUUCUGAGGAAAGUGAAGCUACUGAUUCUUCAAAAAAGUCUCAGCAAGCAAACUCCAUUACUACUGUGUCAUCUAGAAGACCAGCUGUACUUGCUGAUGGGACAUAUGCUACUCAAAGUGCUGCAUCUGAAACUGCUUUCUCUCCUCCGACAGUUGUUCAAGGAUCUUUAACCACUGGAAACCUGAGAUCCCUUCUUCUCACUGGUGAUUUCUUCCUGGGAGCAGUUGUUGCUUGUACACUGACUAAGCUCAUUCUGAGGCAGGAAGAAGUUCAACCAUCAAAAGUUGAAGUGAACAAAGCAACAGCAAAUGCAUUACUGAUCAUGGUCUCAAUGCUACAGCUUGGGCAGUCUUAUGUUCUUCCUCACCCAAUUGACAGUGAUUCUCAUGACAGAAUAGUUCUUUGCAUAAGAUUGCUUUGUAAUACGGGUAACGAGGUUAGGACGAUCUGGUUGAGCUCUUGUCGCGAGAGUUUUGUUAAUAUGCUUUCUGAUAAACAACUACGAGAGACAGAGGAGAUCAAAGCAAAGGCACAAACUUCUCACUCCCAGCCAGAUGACCUCAUUGAUUUCUACCAUUUGAAGAGUAGGAGGGGAAUGAGCCAGCUGGAGUUGGAAGAUGAAGUUCAGGAUGAUUUGAAACGUGCCACUGGAGAAUUUGUCAAGGACGAGAAUGAUGCUAAUAAGCUAAGCCGGGUACUGCAGCUUACAGGAUUUAGUGAUCCUGUUUAUGCUGAAGCAUAUGUGACAGUUCAUCAUUAUGACAUCGUCCUAGAUGUUACCAUAAUAAAUCGAACCAAAGAGACACUUCAGAAUUUAUGUUUGGAACUGGCAACAAUGGGUGAUCUUAAGCUCGUUGAGCGUCCACAGAAUUAUACUUUAGCUCCUGAGUCAAGCAAGCAGAUAAAAGCUAAUAUCAAGGUGUCUUCUACUGAGACUGGAGUGAUUUUUGGUAACAUUGUCUAUGAGGCUUCAAAUGUGCUUGAGCGAACUGUUGUUGUGCUCAAUGAUAUCCAUAUUGACAUCAUGGAUUACAUCUCUCCUGCUGUUUGCAGUGAGGCUGCUUUUAGAACUAUGUGGGCUGAAUUUGAGUGGGAAAACAAGGUUGCUGUCAACACUGUCAUUCAAGAUGAAAAAGGAUUUCUUGACCAUAUUAUCAAAUCAACCAACAUGAAGUGCCUGACUGCACCAUCUGCUCUGGAAGAUGAAUGCGGGUUCCUUGCUGCUAACCUUUAUGCAAAGAGUGUGUUUGGAGAGGAUGCUUUGGUGAAUUUGAGCAUUGAAAAGCAAUCAGAUGGUAAGCUGAGUGGUUAUAUUAGGAUAAGAAGCAAAACACAAGGAAUUGCUCUUAGCUUGGGAGACAAGAUAACACUCAAGCAGAAGGGAGGCAAUUGAUCUUGUCGUGUUGAUAUGGUCCUCUCCUAGACAGCGACGCUGCAUCGACUGGGCAAGUUGCUGUGUGGAGCAUGAAUAAGGUGGAUUUGUCUGUGGGUUCUUGCCAUCUGAAUCAAUUCUGAACGGAGCAUGAAUAAGGUGGAUUUGUCUGUGGGUUCUUGCCAUUUGAAUCAAUUCUGAACGAACAGUAUCUCCGCAAGGAACAAUAUUGCUCAUAGAUUUCAGUUUUAUGGAGUCUUCAUGGGACAGGUUUUUUUCUGCAUCUACUUUGGUGUUUUUUUUUCCAAGUGAAUUUGAGAAUUAGUGAGUCCUCCCACUUCACUAAGAAACUAGUAUACAAAAGAAACCACAUCUCUUGUGAAAGUCAUUGUAUUAGUCUAGAAGAAAAAUUAAAAUUAUGUUUUAAAUAUGGUCUUACAAAACGAUAGUUACUUAAGUAUCCCAUGAUUGCUCGACUAAAGUUUUCGUGUAUGCCAGUCUAUUAAUUUUUGAAAAUAUUACUGUUGUUUAAAAGUA